AUGAGUAACAGCUACCACAGGGUGAAGAUGUGCGCAUUCAGACAGCCGCGUAACUGUACCCUGACGCUUAUUCCAGAUGUACAACGGUUGGUGCAGGGAAGUCACAAUAUCGAGGAGAUUGAGUAUUACUGGCUAGAGUGGCGACGAAGCACGGGUCUGGCCACACGUCAGCAGUUUGUAGCUUUCAUGGAUCUGUACAAGAAGACAGCUCAACUUAAUGGGUUUGUCCAUGCGGAGGACUACUGGUUUCGCAAUCUGGAGCUCAGCUGUCACCAGGCUACGACGCUGUUGAAUGAGCUGAUGACGUCUCUGCGACCGCUGUUCCUUCAGUUUCAUGCGCAUGUGCGGAGCUCGCUUAGGAAGAUGCAUGGGGAGCGCCUAGUUCCACGAGGACGACCCUACCCGCAACACUUGGCGGAGGUGUUUUUAGGCAAUGCCUUCAGACGCCCUCGUGCUAAUUGGUUUGUGGAUUUGCCAUCACCCGAGAUGGAUCUAGCCAAUAUUACGGACGCACUGCAUCGCCGUGGACUUAGCACAACUCAGAGAGUAUUUUGGAAUGUGGCAGAGUAUUAUCGGGGACUGGGACUGCCCCAAUUGGAGAGCUCUUUCUGGUCACAUGCAAAGCCAGUCACCACAAGCAACGAGGAUCAAUGCUGGCACAAGGCCUGGAGAUUCUAUGCUAUGUCAGGGACCAACUUUAGUUUCUGUCCGCUGAACGAUGAGGAGCGAUUCUUCGACAUGUUUGAGGCACAAUGCGAUCUGCAUUAUUUCCGAGCUGCCACAGCGCAGCCAACUCUGUUGCGUGAGGAGCCUUUUCCAAAUUUUAGCAAUGCAUUGGGUAAAUGCUUUUCUUUGGCCGCCUCCUCGCCGCGAUAUCUGCGCAAGUUGGGGCUCCUGCAGGGUAAACAGUGGUGGGGUUUACCCUCUCGCCUUAAUCGCUUGUAUAUGCAAGGCUUGAGGAUUAUCUUCUUACUGCCCGUUUUCUAUGUCUUGGAUCGCUACCGAGUGGAGGUGCUUAGUGGCCACAUAGAAGCGGAUGACAAUGAAGCCUUCUGGAGGUUAACACAGAUGUACACCGGAGCCACUGCACCACACAGACGCAACAACGAGCAGUUCGAUGUGCCAGCCAAGCUCCUUAUGGAGGUAGACGAUCAGUACACGAGCCAACUGUUGAGUACAGUCUUGCAGUUUCAGCUCUACAUACACUUCGGCAGCAUGACGGGCCAGUAUUUGGAGGGAUCUGCAGAUAGACCUUUAGAUCUGUGCGAUUUGUCAGAUCAUCAGGAAAUUGGACCAGGACUACUUCACGCUAUGUCCCUCGGAUCAUCGCUUCAUUACAAAGAAGUCCUGCAGCAGCUUUUGGGCACUGGGGAACUGAGUAUGAAAGGUCUCUUGACGUAUUUUCAACCUCUUCAAGAUUGGUUGACCCUGCAGAAUCGUCAGCAUGGAGUGGAAGUGGGAUGGAACUAGCUUUUAUUAUCUUCUCCUGAAAGUAUGCUUCAAAACUUUUCAAAAGCUUUGUAAUCUGACUACAUAAGCAUGCAUUUAAUAAUAUAU